CCAAUCAGACAGUUUUUUUCUCAACCAUGGACUAUCGACAGAAGUUGAGACAGGCAGUCUGGAGUAAAUCUGAACCACGAUGGACGCAAUAACCCGUUGUCUCGUGUUAAUAGUCCUGUUCUUUGGGACUAGGAUUCAAGAAAAUGAUGCCUUGCAGUGUUACUGCCAGCGAUGUCUCAACUCCACGUGCACCACGGACGGCCUGUGCUUCGUGUCCGUCAGGAAGUCUGGCAGCAGCAUCACCGCCGAGAGCAGCAUGUGUGUCCCAGAGAACGAGCUUAUCCCGCGUGACCGCCCCUUCAUCUGCGCACCCUCCACCAAGGACGACACUGGCAUCUACCCCAUGUGUUGCGCCACCGACUGGUGCAACAAGAACCCCGACCUCAGCGUCUUCCCAGUGCCAACAGUGAAGCCGGUUCCCCUGGGGCCUGUGGCGCUGGCAGCGGUCAUCGCGGGGCCUGUGUGCGUACUGUGCUUCGUGCUGAUGCUGGUCUUCUACAUCUGCCACAGCCGUGCGGGCGUCCACCACCGCGUACCCAACGAGGAGGACCCCUCCAUGAACCACCCCUUCCUCAAUGUGGGCUCCACUCUCCAAGACCUCAUCUACGACAUGACCACCUCUGGCUCCGGCUCUGGUGGGUUAGGUCUGCCCCUGCUGGUCCAGAGGACCAUAGCCCGGACCAUCAUCCUCCAGGAGAGCAUCGGGAAGGGCCGCUUCGGCGAGGUGUGGCGGGGGAAGUGGCGAGACGAAGAGGUGGCGGUCAAGAUCUUCUCGUCCCGUGAGGAGCGCUCGUGGUUCCGCGAGGCUGAGAUCUACCAGACAGUCAUGCUGCGUCACGAGAACAUCCUGGGCUUCAUCGCUGCUGACAACAAAGAUAAUGGGACAUGGACCCAGCUGUGGCUGGUAUCAGACUACCAUGAGCAUGGCUCUUUGUUUGACUACCUGAACCGCUACACCGUCACCGUGGAGGGCAUGAUCAAACUUUCCCUGUCCACUGCCAGCGGCCUGGCCCACCUCCACAUGGAGAUCGUUGGCACGCAAGGGAAGCCGGCCAUCGCCCACAGGGACCUGAAAUCUAAGAACAUCCUGGUGAAGAAGAGCGGGACGUGCUGCAUCGCUGACCUGGGCCUGGCUGUGCGCCACGACUCCGCCACUGACACCAUCGACAUUGCCCCCAACCACAGAGUAGGAACCAAAAGGUAUAUGGCACCAGAGGUGCUAGACGACUCGAUAAACAUGAAGCAUUUUGAGUCAUUUAAGAGGGCAGAUAUCUACGCCAUGGGCUUGGUUUUCUGGGAGAUAGCCAGUAGAUGCUCUCUAGCAGGCAUCGUUGAAGACUACCAGCUGCCAUACCAUGACUUGGUGCAGUCAGACCCUUCUGUAGAGGAGAUGAGGAGGGUGGUGUGUGAGCAGAAGCUACGGCCCAACAUUCCAAACCGUUGGCAGAGCUGUGAGGCUCUGCGGGUAAUGGCUAAGAUCAUGAGGGAAUGCUGGUAUGCCAACGGAGCCGCCCGCCUCACUGCGCUACGCAUCAAGAAGACUCUUUCCCAGCUCAGCCAAUCAGAGGGCAUCAAGAUGUAGACACACUUUCUCUUAUUAUAUUAUUCAUAAUCUUAUUAUUUUAUUAUUACCAUCAUUAGUUCUCGCCCCGCUGUUUCUCCUCUUGGUUUGAGAGGCGGCUCGGUGAAGUUUUACUCUGAUAUCCCCCGACCACUCCCUAAAUGCCGGCAUCGUUUCCUCGUCGCCCCACCGACCGACGCAUGGAUCUAUUUCCUGUGUCACGGAGGUGAUGGAUGGAUCUGGUGGAGGGAUGUUUGCCAGUGCAAACCCAACCCCCCCUGUCCUCAAGAUUGGUGGGAUCACUUCCUCCAGUGCUCGUGAAUUACCUAUCAGGGUGAUUACAGACCGACGUAGUCCCACCCUGCCACAGACCCAUCUCUCAAUGCUGUUCUGCGGAAACCAGAGGAAAGGAAACAACGACCCAUAAGAAAAACCCUAAAGUUGCAUGACUGCUGGUCAUAACAUUCAGGUGACAAUGCCUCCAUUCCAACAACAAAUGUUCUGCCACUGGGCGAGGUAGCUUGGACUCGACGAGAACCGCCCAAGAAGAAGACUGAACGAACUAUAGUUUGUUUAUUUUUUUACCAUCUGGUACUUAAAAACGAGCAUAUUAAUUGAGUUAUUAUUUGUGUUUUUUUCCAUGGAGAGAUGCUGGUGUGCUGUUGGACUCAUCUCUCCAGAAAAUGUUGCAUCUUUUUUUAGUAUUUCUUUCUUUUCUCCCUAGGUAUCACGGUACAGGGGGUCUACAGGUCAGUUUAACUUAUUGGUUUUUGUUUGCAAACAGAAUGGACAUGAGCUCAUUCAGUCUUGGCCAACAUGCUAUGGCAUAUGCAAUAUAGAUAAAAUGUAUCUAUUUUAUAUACUCUGCUCUGCUACUACUAUGACAACAACAGCUCGACAGUCGCCAUCAUGCCUUCCGAGCCAGGUGAUAACCUGAAAGUGCCACUGCUUUAAACCUACCCCCCUUCUUCCCCUCUCAUGUCAGUUACUGUGUGAGGGUGGAUGGAUGGGUGGGUGGGUGUUGGUGUGGGUGGGUGUGUAAGAUCACAUGGAGACUUGACAGAAGCCCUCCCAGAGCUGUAGGAGCAGCAGGGAGUGUUCCUCCUCCUAUGCACAUGAAAGGACACAUGUGGCCUCGCCACACUGCCAGGGGCAGCCACAAUACCGCCUCUCUGGUGCCAUCUACCCACCCCCCUCUCCCCCCCGCUGCCAGCCACCCUCAUCAAAACAGCAACAAGGGAUGUAUUUUUACCCUCUCGCUCUCUGCUGUAUGGGAGAGCUCUCUGGACUAUAGAAACUGAAUACCAGACUGAUAGUGGGGCUAGUACCCACAGGACUACACAGGUCACCUCCAAAGUGGCUUUAAGGAGAAAGAAAAAACAGCGCAAGCAUUACUGAAGUUGCCCUAUAAACAUGCAUUGUUGGAUUCUACUCUUUUGGGGGGUUGUUUCAGAGUGUGUGACGGCACACAUUUAUUGUUUUAAAUGUCUCUUUAAAGAAAAACAAGGUGAAGUACAUUCAUUUAAAUAUAGCAAAUGGAUAUUUACUAAGCCAUAGGUUUUCCCUUUUUUUGUGCAACUUUUUCUACUACUACAAGAAUGUACAUUUACGGAUAAAAAUGAUCUGUAACAUUAUGUAAACUGCUUCACAUUUCAGCUUAGCAAAUCUUAAGGGACCAAUGGAGAGAGGCUGGAUUACUUUUGUUUUGUGAAAAGUAAGAUGAUAAAUAAUAACUAUUACAAAGUAGGGUCAAUAUUCUAUAUAAAGAAAAAAAGUAAAUAUCGCACCAGAUUUAAAGUUGCAAUAUGUAACUUUUUGGGCGACCCGUCAAAAUUCAUAUAGAAAUGUGAAUUAUAGAUCUGUCAUUCUCAUUUGAAAGCAAGUCUAAGAAUCGGUAGAUCUGUUCUAUGUGUUAUUUCUGUGCUUCCUGUUUUUAAGUUUCGUUUUUGCUUUACUUUUGGUUUUGUGCACCAGCUUCAAACAGCCGAAAAUAUACUAUUUUUGGUUAUGGAAAAUUUCACAGUGGUUUUGUUACAAUGAUUCUCUAAACUAUACUUGCUUGUUUGGUCACACAAACUAAAAUUAGGCUAACUAUUAGAAUUUUAGCAUCCAGGAAGUGGCAGAGUGGUUUCUGCAUAGUGCAUCUUUAACAAUUGUAUGUUUUUGUUUGUAUUGUAAGGUGCCCUAUUGCCACACACCUAAACCUGCAAGCUGCAUAUUUAUACCAAUUUGGAUAGUGCUCGUUUUGGUAUGUUCAGUUUCCACAGUCUUGAUGUCACUGCAGCUUAUUGCUCUAUUUCAGCAUACUAAGCAAAACCUCAUAUUGGAGCAUGUGUGAAAAAAGUAUAAUAUUUUUUUAAAUGAAAUACUGUGUUGUCAAUUGUCACAAAAAAUAAACAGAACCCCAAAAGAUAUGAGUGUUUGGCAAUAAGUGCACUUCUUCUGACCUAACUGCACGUGAACCUGUGUGGCAAUAAGGUUGUCUUUGUUCUUUUAUUAUUCCUUUGGAUUUCUCUACAGCAGUCUGCUGUUUGGAUGCAUUGUAUUUAUCUAUGGGACACUGUGCUGCUACAAAAUGUCUGCCUCUGUUCAGAAACCAAGAUGAGGUCAGAGAUGCUCUGUGAGAGCCCCGAUUGGAUGUACAUAACAUAUCCCACAUGCCUCUUAUUAGAUCUGCGCCAUGAUGUUUUUGUCUCUACAUGAUUCACCAUUGGUGUUCCCCAAGGGUGAGUGCUGGGAUCUCUGUCUCUCUCUCUGUCUGUCUGAUGCAUCAGGUCAAUCUUCAUCCUGUAGAGAAAUGCUGAAGUAGCCCUUUAAGCAUUUUCUUAUUAUUUCUGAUUAGGUGGGCUUCAGGAAAUGAAGAUCUUUACAUUGUGUUGAACCUUGGAGAUUGAUUGUAUGCUGUGCCAUAUAGUGAUCUUAGUGAUCCCUGCUACAUACUGAAAAUGUUCAUUUGGAAGAUUGAAGUUAGUGGAAAUGAAUGGACAGAGGGCGGGAAAUGGUGUAUAUAUCCAACUAUUGAUAUAGGACCUUAAUUGGAUCGCCCCGUUGCAGGAAAACAUGCCUGUAAAUCAGCAGGACAUGUUAAACUUGUGUAUUUGAGGUUUAAAAAGACUUCUGAAGUUUGUAAUUUUCACUUACAAAAAUGUCCAUUAUUUAUAAUCCACGUAAUAACUCACAUUUCCUGUUGCUGCAGGAUUAUUUUCCUGCUGUAGCGAACUGGUCAAAUUUUAAGAUCCUACAUCUUGUAUAUCUGGCUGGAAGCUCUGUCCUGCACAGAUGGUCAGCAAAAAUAGUUUGAACAAAAAGGAAGUGAAAGCUAUCCCUAAUAUUAAGAGAAUAACAGAUAUCGCUGCUAUGACACAUGUUGAACAAAUGGAAGGGGGAAAAAGCAGAAACGUCAUCAUGCUGAAUUAGGUCCCCGUGCGUGUACAUAGUGCUAGAUCUUAGAGCUUGUGUUUGUGGCAAGGUCAACUCCAUUCUCUGGGACAUAACAACAACAACACUCAAACAGCAGCAGUUCAGCUGACUACUUCACUAUCUAUGCCUCCGUUGUCUACACUGGACCAACGUUCAUUCUGUGUCCGGACACAUUUCUGUCUUAAAAUCACCAGCAGCCUUUCUUUUCGUUUCUAAAAUCAAAGGUGACUUAUUCUUACAUUAAGUGUAAAAAAAAACAUGACAUAUCCAGGUAUUCCCCUCUCAGUGAUAUGCAGGUAAUUUUUCCUGGCCAUACCAGCUUACAAGUUAACAGAAACAACGACAACAACCAUACCGUUGCACCUCUGGUUUUAUCAUAAAAAUAGGGCGACAGUCGCGGCUUUCGGGUGGUCUAGAGUGGAAAAGUGGGGUUUUAGGUCUCGAAGCGCAUUUAGUUUGCCUAGGGGUCUCUUGAGGUGCUACCAGUGUCCUUUUCAAUC